ACUAAUGAUGUAAACACGAUAUACGUAGUUCCUUUGUGUACGGGAAGGGAGAACGAUAUAUCAAAACCCUUGAUCAAUCGACAUUUAUUCGUGUAUGGCGUUAGGACGGCCGUUUAGGGUUCCCGAAAUGUUGUAACUAGCUAAAAACCGGAGCCAGAGUGUACACGGUGUGGUGCUAGACCAGAAGAAAGAGAGAGAGAGCUGGGGAGGUUUCAUAUCUGGACGUCUGAGCUGAGCCAUUGUUGUUUUGGUUGCUCGUAAAAUUAUUCGGUCGGAAAAGCAAGAUUCUGUUCUUACAGUCUGGGCGUUAACAUUACAUUCCUAUCCACCGCCGUCGAAAAAUAAGGCAGAAGCAAUUGAUGGUUUCAGACUAUGGCAGCUGCACUGGUGGAAACGAGGACAUACUAUGUGGGAACUAACACUUGGCUCUCAACAACUGUAGACUCCAUUGGAAAGAUAAAGGUACCUGCAACAAUGACGCGGGAAGACAUUGUCCCCAAACCGACCACCAUGCCUGCGGAGCUGGAGGGUCUCUGCGAUGACGCCUGGUCGUGGGAGGAACAGGAACUAGAGCCGGACUUCGCGCAGCUGGAAAUUGGGGGGAUCAAGAACCGAUCGGUGAUGUUUCACCCGACGUGGUCACGUGGUACGGUCGCUGUACGCGCCACUAAGCCUUUGGACAAGGACGGCGUUCACUACUGGGAAAUAAGGAUUUCGGAGCGUCUAUUCGGCACGAGCAUGAUGUUCGGCAUCGGGAGCGCCAAAACGAGGCUGAACCUGUAUGACUUCAUCAACGUGCUGGGAGAGAACGAGCACAGCUGGGGCCUCAAUCACAGGGGCGUCCUGUGGCAUAAAGGGGUCGACCGCCCGUUCACCGAGCCCUUCGCCGAGAACACGACCACUACCGUGGGGCUGCUGUACCGGCGGGGAACCCUCACAUACUACCGCGACGGGAAAUGUCUUGGCGAAGCCUUCAAGGGACUCGAAAACUACGACGGAGAACUGUUUCCAAUGAUUGCCUCCACGGCCGCGAAAACGGAGAUGGUUCUCGGCGCGGCCAAGAGGGAAUAUGAUUCGCUGCGGGACAGGUGUCGGGCGGUGAUUUCGGCAUGUGUCGGCGACUCAGAGGACUGCGAAAAGUUGAAGCUGCCUUCGCGACUCAUCAAGUAUAUCAAGGAGUCUCAUCCCGAAUGAAAUAGUGGACAGUUAGCCUGACUAAAUUGAGUUCCUAAAAGCCCUUACAUUGGUCAUGCGGAGGCCAAAUCAUUGAUCAAUCAUUGCCUGGCAGCAAGAUACUGUGUAACAUAGGGUGGACAUGUAUAGAAGUCGUGGAUGGAUCUUGAUGUUAUCUUAUAUGGUGGUUUGCGAGAAGUUGAAAUUGCCUUCACGACUCAUCAUGUACACCAAGUAUUUCCAUCCCGAAUAGAAUGGUGGACAUUUAGGUAGCAGGACUGAAUCGAGUUCUAAAAGCCUUUACAUGUGCAUUGAUCAAGUGGAGGCCAAAUCAGGCCCUGGUAGCAAGAUAUGGUGUAACAUAGGGUAGACAUGUAUAGCCUGGGUACCGUCCUAUUUCUUUCUGGCUCCUUACAAUUAAUACCCUUUUUUUAGGGUAGCGAGUGUAAGGAGCCCUAGUAGAAAGAGGAUGGAACCCCGGCUAAGACAUGCAACCAAUGAUUUCUGUCGGGGGCUUGUUUGGAAGAAGGGCCUCUUCCCCAAGAGCGAAAUGUGGAUAUCAUUAAGAUGUUCCCAGUUUCCUUGACUUAGAAGUUAGAGUUGUUUUGUAGGGUAGGGGCCUAACCUGUUAGAAAUGUGGUCUAGUCCGACUAGUGGACAUUCGAUGGCAAUCACCUAUACAGGCAAUCAUAUAACGCACCCUUGUUUAAAAGGAACAUAUAUAAGGACAUAUAGGUCCUUUGUGGAAGUUUUGAAAAGCAAAAUGGGCAGGUUACUUGAGCACGUAACCUUGGUGAGAAAAUACUAUCUGAUGUUGUGUAAGGAGUUCAUUUAAAGGGGAACAACUAUAAGUUUUUCUUUUAACUUAUAUUUAUAUUUCACCUGUCUUUACUCUGUUUUGUUUUUCUUUCAUGUUUCUUUUCUUUUUAACUUGUCUUCCUUUCUUUUCUUCAUUUUCUUUAUAUCUAACAAGCAACAUGAACUUAGCCUUUCAUCUUCCCUUUAACAUGUUACAAAGUAAAAUCCAUGGUGCUUACUUUUAGAGAGUUUGGUACCCAAACGUCUACUUAGAGAGUUUAAUACCAAAAUGCAAGAAUACUCCUAUGGAGAUAACUUUUGUUGUUGUCUAUGCUGCAGAAUAUAUACAUUUCUAAGCUGCUAGAAUCGAUGUAUAGGAAAAAAAAACUAAGAAGAUAUAAAAAAAUUAUGUGUUGAAGGAUUCUGCAUCGUUUAUAUGCAAUUGAGGGACAAUUCAGUAAUACCAAUCAGGGGAUGGCGUCGCUAGCUUUUCUUGGUGUUAGGGACCAAUCCUUUAUUAGAUAGGAGUAGUUGUGUGAAAUGCAUAUCGUGGAGAAAGUAUGUGUUAGAAAAAAAUUAUAGAUUCUGCUGGAAAAAAAGUGGUUCCAUAGUAUGUAUAUAUACAAAUUAUACAGAAGAAUAUAUCCUUACACUGUUAGUGUUUCACACGCAUCUACUUAAUAAUAAAAAUUAGCAAUCUAGGUGGUAAGAUACUAAGAACAAAAAGGAUAUCAUAAUAAAUGUCUAUCUUAAGUGUUAACAAAAAGAGGGUCUAGAAGGUAUCAUUGUUAAAUGCACUGUUAUUUUGACAAUGGAUUUCCAUUUUGAAAUUCUAUAUCAUUCAUGUUUUGUUCAAUGUUAAUCAAAGAACAAAGAAGAUGUUAACCUACUAAUUAUCAUUUUCGCAAGCAAUAACGGAAAUUUUCUAACAACCUUUACAGGAGUUAAAAGAUUUGUUUGUGCCAUUGCUUGCAUCAAGGCCACUGCGGUUCUGCACAAGAUAUUGUUGAAAGUCUUGUUACGUUUAUACAUUCUAUUUAUCUUGGUUCGUUGGGAAUCACAGAGUCCCUGUUCUGUUCACUUCGGGACUUUAUAUCAUGGCAAUACUUUUGCUUGUAUCAAGCGAGGCUUUAUGUGCUAAUAUAUGAUGAGUUGAUGAAAACUUC